UUUUGAUCAUCUUCACAGAAUCGAGAGCCUUCGCCGACUUGGAAUUCCCAGAUCCUUAAGGUAAACUUCAAAAUACCUGAAUAUGCGUCCCAAAAGCCGAUCCGGUUUCGCUGUAGCUAUAAUAUGCGCGCUGCCUAUCGAGGCGGACGCGGUUGAGGCUCUUUUCGACGAAACCUACGACCGAUUGGGCAAGUUUUAUGGUAAACAGCCCGGGGAUGCGAAUGCAUACAUUAAUGGAAGGAUUGGGGAGCAUGAUAUUGUUCUGUGCUAUUUACCGGGGAUGGGAAUUGGCAGCGCAGCCAGUGUGGCUUCGAGCCUCCGAGUCAGCUACACGGGAGUCCGACUGGCACUGGUGGUUGGCAUCUGCGGUGGAGCACCCUACUCAUCAAGUGAUCAAAAUAUCUUUCUGGGCGAUGUCAUCGUGAGUGAUGCUGUGGUCGAAUACGAUUUUGGCAGACAAUAUCCGGGUGGUUUCCAGCGAAAGACAGAUGUCAAGGAUAUUCUGGGACGACCCGAGCGAGCAAUUCGGACCCUCCUGGCUGGCUUGAAAGGAAAGAAAACGCGAAUAGAAUUUCAAGACCAGAUGUAUCAGCAUCUUGGCAUAAUUCAGCAAUCAGAGACGCAAUGGCAGCACCCGAGAUAUGAGGAUAUCCUCUAUCAGGCUUCGUACCACCACAAACACUACAGUCGGGGUUCAACUGAUAAUUGUUGCUGCUUUGAUAGUGGUAAUACGGAGAAUAUUUGCAGCGAGGCAUUGGAGGAAAGUUGCAAGAAGCUAGGGUGUGAUGAGAAAAAAAUCAGUCGUCGCCGGGAUGGCACGGAAGCAGUCAAAGCAUCCGUGCAUAUUGGGAAAGUGGCAUCUGCCAAUACAGUAAUGAAGUCUGGGGAGCACCGCGACAAGAUAAUCAAAGCAGAGAGCGUCAUUGGUUUUGAAAUGGAGGGAGCUGGGGUGUGGGAUAACAUCUCAUGCAUCAUUAUUAAGGGGGUAUGUGACUAUGCAGACAGCCACAAAAGUAAAUACUGGCAAGCGUAUGCGGCGGCAACAGGCGCUUCAGCUGCCAAAACGUUCUUAGAGUACUGGACACCUACUCACAGAGAAGAGAGAAAACGCCAUUGGAUGGUCCCAUUCAGGAAAAACCCACAAUUUGUGGGUCGGCACGACGAGAUUCUUAAACUUGAACAAUGGAUUACACACCAGAGUGGUCCCAGCAAGGUCGGUGUCUGUGGACUAGGGGGGGUUGGGAAGACUCAGGUAGCACUGGAGCUUGCCUACCGUAUCCGAGAAAGAGAUUCCGAAUGCUCAAUUUUCUGGGUCCCAUGUUUCAGUUAUGAAAGUGUCGAACAAGCUUAUACAAGCAUCGCCCAGACACUAGGGAUCGAGGAUAUGAAACCAGCUGAGGCAAAGGACCGAGUGAAGGCUUACUUCAGUCAUGAAGAUGCUGGGGAAUGGCUUCUUAUUUUCGACAACGCUGAUGAUAUUAAUAUGUGGAUGCAGGGCAGUGAUACUCAUCCAGCACUUAAGGACUUCCUUCCUCAAAGUGAGCAUGGCCAUAUUAUUUUCACUACACGGAAUCGGAAGCUAGCGGUGAAACUUGCAUCUUCCUAUGUGAUUUCAAUACCUGAUCAGGAUCGAGAUACUGCCAUGAAGAUUUUGGAAAAGUCCUUGCCUAAAAAUCACUUCCAAGGCGAAAGCAAUACGGCGACGAUACUUCUUGAACACCUUGCCUUUCUCCCACUAGCUAUUAUCCAGGCAGCAGCAUAUAUCAACGAGAACAGCAUGCGACUGAAAGAUUACAUUGACCUUCUCCAAGAACAGGAGGCUGAUGUGGUAGAGUUGCUCAGUGCGGACUUUGAGGAUGAAGGGCGAUAUAAGGAUAUCCAGAAUCCAGUGGCUACCACAUGGUGGAUAUCAUUCCAGCAAAUCCAGCACCUGGACAACUUAGCAAGUGGUUAUUUAUCACUUAUGGCCUGCAUCAAUCCACGGGACAUUCCUCAGUCAUUUCUCCCCCGGCUAGCGUCUAAGAAGAAGGUAAACGAUGCUGUUGGUCUUCUUAAGGCUUACUCAUUUGUUAGCGAACAAGCUGGGGAGGGCCUACUAAGUCUUCAUCGACUCGUACACCUUGCAACACGGAAUUGGAUGAGAAAGGAAAACCAGUUCACACAAAACAUAUUGAAGGCAAUAGACCGCUUAAAUGAAGUCUUCCCUGACAACAGCCAUGGCAAUCGAAAGCUGUGGCAACAGUAUCUACCUCAUGCGUUGCUAGUAGUAGGAGAAAGUGAGAUCCAGCAUCGACGGGAGAAAUAUGUCGACUUGCUUCAGAAUGUUGGGUAUUGCCUGUGGAGCGAUGGGAGAUAUAACGAAGCAGAAGAGCUAGAGGUACAAGUAAUAGAGACUCGCAAGCAGGUGCUGGGCCCAGAGCAUCCGGAUACUCUGACCAGCAUGGCCGACCUGGCAUUAACGUAUCAGUAUCAGGGACAAUGGAAGAUAGCAGAAAAGCUAGGGGUGCAAGUAAUGGAGACUCGCAAGCAGGUGCUGGGCCUAGAGCAUCCAGAUACUCUGACCAGUAUAGCCAAUCUGGCAUUAACAUAUCGGGAUCAAGGACGAUGGAACGAAGCAGAAGAGCUACAGACAGAGGAAUUAAAUAUAUGUUCAAAGGUACUGGGUCCAGAGCAUCCAGAUACUCUGACCAGUAUAGCCAACCUGGCAUCAAUAUAUCGGAAUCAAGGACGAUGGAAGGAAGCAGGAGAGCUAGAGGUACAAGUAAUGGAGACUCGCAAGCAGGUGCUGGGUCCAGAGCAUCCAGAUACUCUGACCAGUAUGUCCAACCUGGCAUCAAUAUACUGGAAUCAGGGACGAUGGAAGGAAGCAGAAGAGCUACAGACAGAGGAAUUAAAUAUAUGUCCAAAGGUACUGGGUCCAGAGCAUCCGAAUACUCUGACCAGCAUAGCCAACCUGGCAUUAACAUAUUGGAGUCAGGGACGAUGGAAAGAAGCAGAAGAACUCGAGAUACAAGUAAUGGAGACUCGCAAGCGGGUGCUGGGGCCAGAGCAUCCGGAUACUCUGACCAGUACGCAUAACCUUGCCUAUACCUGGGAAUCCCUAGGAAAACUCAAUGAUGCCUUGAAGUUGAUGGAAGAAUGUCUUGAACUUCGCACUAAACUGUUUGGCCCUGAUCAUCCGGAUACUAUAUCUUCCUCUGAGGCUUUUAGCGAUUGGCUACAAGCAAAGGACUCCUCACCAGCUAAGACCCCACUAAGCGCGGCCCAACAGGACAGUGAUCAAUAUUCUCCAAAUCUUUUAGGCCACCAUCAUCUGACUGUGCCUUCCUCUGAUCGCCCUAGUGUCGAGCUUGCAAGUGAACCUAUUAAACCAAAGCCAGCCUCUGCAAAGCACCAAAAGCGACUCUUUUUCAAACGGAUUUUUCAGAGAGGAUAACAAUUCCACAUGACACAGGAAGAGCUUAUUAUAUAUCAUCACUGUAAAUGAUUUAGUAUAUCAGCUUUGACGUAUAACUCAUGAUACCUAAUUAAUUUGUCAUUUGCCCUAAGGUCUUUUACAGUAAAAUAG